AUGGCCUCCUCUGCUUCUGAUAAGUUCGAAUGGCUGGUCAUCAUGCCAGAUCAACCAGGCAAGUUGGCUAAGCGCAUGGAGGUUAGACCUGCUCAUUUUGAGGGAUUGAAAGAGGGUCUUGAGAGUGGCUUCUGGAAGAUGGGUGGAGCUCUAUUGGAAGAAGUUCCUAAAGAGGGUGACGGACUGAAGAUUCAGGGUAGCGCAAUGGUGGCACUUGCUUCGUCGAAGGAAGAGGUCAUCGAAAAGUUGAAGGCGGAUACUUAUGCUAAAAAUGAAGUUUGGGAUUUCAGCAAGAUUCAGAUUUACCCAUUCAAGUGUGCUUUCAGACAUCCAUAG